AUGGCAGACGCUCUGUGCGGGCCCUCCAACCCGCUCCAGAACUUACAAAAGCACACCCAGGUAGAUCGGACGCUGCAGCAAGAUCGUCUUGUCGGUAACAGACAGUCGCCAGGGCAGGGCUUCCGCACUGCCGACCCUCGAGCAGGAUCACUCGACGCCGAGUUUCACGCCUUCGAGACCUCCACGCCGCACCCAUUCCAGUUCCAGCAACCAGACCUCUUUCACCCCCAGCGCCAUGCUUCUCCUGCGGCGGCAGGGUGGGCUGCCGACUUUCAACAGCUCUCGAUAUCCCAGCAGCCCGUGCCAGCGGGACAGUUUCGUACUGAGGCGCCGCUAAUCAGGUCUACAACGCUCGGCGGCUGGCAACAGGAGUUUAUGCGCCAGCGGUCGGGAGCCGGUACUCCAGUUGCACAAGGCAAACAAGCCGUUCGCGAUAGUCCACAGUUGAGCGGCGGCGGCCAGUUCCAACAGCCGAUGAUGGAUUAUACCCAGCCUAUGUUCCAAUCGUACUCUGGCGGUUUCCAGCAAGAACCGCAGAUGCAACAGUCUACAAUGAUGUCUAUGGAACGACAUGUCCAAGUCUCGGACGUGGAUUUCGAAGCCGCGUUUGCGGACGCAUUCGCCCAUGCUCAAGAGAUGGACCAACAACGUGCUUCCUCAGGACUUUCUUCAGACCUCAAUGCCAUGAUCUCUGAGAUGCAGCGACCGGACGGAGGAGAAACUGUGCGCAUAGGCAGCGACGCCAUCGCUUAUCGCGAGAAAACAGAGCGUACGGCAGAAACAGACACGCGUGACGCAGAUGAAUUGGCUCGCACCGCAGGCCAGCUUCUUACGAGCGUAUCACACGACAACAGCGACAAAUUCCAAAACAGUCAGUUCCUGCAGCUGAUGCGGAAAAUCAGGGAUCGAGAGGUCGAGGUACAGGGCGACGAACUUCAAGAGACGGGCAGAUCAACGUCCAAAUCGACGCCAGGACCGACACAAGAAGCUACGAACCAACAGUCGUCGCACUUUGAGUUCCCAGACAUGGACGCCGUCUAUGCCCCCACGAACACGAGCGAUGCCUGGGCAGACUCGGAACUUGACCAGAACGCCCAGCACCGAUACGCCGGGUCGUGGGACUACCCCCCGGCCAGCGCACCGCAGUGGAAGGCUGCGCCGGAAGUGACGGCGCACGACCCCCAGGUGCUCCAACGGUCGCCAUACACGACAUACGGGUUUGACGAUGACCAGUAUUCUGCGGAAUAUUCUCAGCCGCAAUCGCAAUUCGAGGCCCUUCACCCAGGCGGGAAAUACUACCCGGACCAAUCUCCGCGCCUUCAACGAGCAGCCCUCGACGCCGCAACUGCAGGAGAAGCCGAGAUGAGCGGUGCCGUCCAACCUCCUGUCGAGGGUGGAAGCAGCAAAGACGCCCAGGGCGGCGGUGACGGGUCGAAACGGAUCUCGGCCAGCGACUUUGACUACCUAGAUUCCACCUGGUUCAAUUUCCACAGGUGA